GCUUGUCAGAACAAACAUGGCGAUAGCGGCAGUCAGUCGGGAGUCGGAGAAGUAAAAAUAAGGUGCGUUGAUCUUGUUUUACUGAGUUGGAUCGUGUUUAAACCACAGAUCAGGAUUUUGUGCGAUAUUUUCAGUGCAGAACAGCACUGGAGCCAUGACGGCAAGCACAGGUGGUGGCGGUGGGAGCUGUUUAGCCAUGAGUCUCUCUGCCCUAAAGAGACUGGAUCCCUACAUCAACAACAUCACAGACCUGGCCAGCCAAGUAGCACUCUACACUUUCAACAAUACCACCAAUGAAUGGGAGAAGACCAAUGUGGAGGGAACUCUGUUUGUAUAUAACAGGCUUGCGUCCCCCAGACACGGCUUCACCAUCCUGAACCGCUUGAGCAUGGACAAUCUGACUGAACCUAUUACUAAGGACUUAGAUUUCCAGCUGCAGCAUCCAUUUCUCCUGUACAGGAAUGCUCGAUUGUCCAUCUAUGGCAUCUGGUUCUAUGACAAGGAAGACUGUCAGCGUAUCGCAGAACUCAUGAAGAAUUUGGCUGGGCAGGAACAUCAGCUACAGGUGCAGAUAGAGAGCGGCUGCGUCUCUCCACGAGCAGCAGAGCAGGGAGUGGAUAUUCUGCAGAUGCUCACCAAAGCACGACAAGACUUUGACAAGGGCAAACUCAGCUCUGAGCCGAAAGAGAUUGGAAGUGGUGGAGUCAUCUAUGGAAACCCCCAUCUAAUCAAACCCAUUCCUCUAAAGCCAGCACAGGACACACACAUUCAGGGACAAACACAGCAGGAUGGAGAGAUAGAGUCAAAGCAUCUCUCAGUCGUCACUUUGUUUGGUGCUCAGUCAAAGCCAGACUCUAUCUCCCCACAGCCCAGCUCAAGUGUCGGCAGAGUGGGUCCAGCACGGCCUGCAGUGGCACGCUCGUUGUCUUACGAUGACCCAGCACCAGCAGGGGGCGCUCUGGCAUCCAGCACCCCCGUGCAGCACUGUCCAGCUAUCCAUAAACUCAUGUCUGGGUCACUGCUGCAGCCCUUGUCUGAAUCCCCAGAGAGUCGUCUGUGUGAAAACGGGGUAGUCCAGAACCAGCUUGACCCAAUACAGAGACUGCUAAUGAACCCUCCCCUCAUGGCAGGGGCCCCGGCACUGCCUUCCCUACAGUUAAGCCAAGGAGAAUGUGCGGUGGCGACUCAAAUCCACCCCAAGGCUAAAGCCACAGGGCCAGUCCCACCUCAUCACUUGCUCUAUGUACCAGCAAAAGCACCCCCUACUGGUGUGGGAGGGAACGUGGUGUCACCUUAUGAGCUCCUGCAGAGGCUCACAUUGGUGCAGCAGGAACAGGAGCUUCAUCCCCAUCAGGAGCUCCUACAGCCCAAUUUGGCCACCAGCAACUCGAGUAUCAGCAAGACUAAUACGACACAGGUGAUCUCACCACAGCGUAUCCCAGCAACUGUAGCACCCACCCUUUUGCUAUCACCCAGUGUGUUCGCUCAGUCUGAAGCCACCAAAGCUGUAGCAGAACCAGCUGAAACCAGAGCACUUAGCAAGAGUCAGCUACAGGCCACACUGCUCCAUCUCAUCAGGAAUGAUGCCUCGUUCCUAAACACCAUCUAUGAAGCAUAUGUCUCCCGUCUCGCAACAGACUCCAGCUCAAAACCUUUCUGAAUCAGGAACUCCCUCUGAACACACGCACAGCUUGCACGCCCUAAACACUUCCCAUCUCAGGACUACCCCUGCUGUUGUAUGCGUAUCGCUUGUAGCAUCUAUUAAGCUGAGUACCUCAGAACCACAUUAACAACAGGAAUACCAAUAUGGUUCCAAAUCAAUGCAAUCUUCAGCACACUCUAAACCGGUUGAUCCGAAUGUCAAAUCAGCCUUGAAUUUUAUAUGGUUAAUCUUAAGUAUUUUAAUAUUUCAUGGAAAGCAGAAUUUCAUAAUGGAUUUUACAUAAAGCUUUCAGAUAACAGUGCAGGAAAUGUGCUUUUUGUUGAAAUUUGAGAGUAGGGUUGAAUAUUGGAAAGACAUUCUCCUUUUUAUGAAGGCAUCAUUUUUACCCUAGCCAAUCUAAACAGACCCAAGUAGGAAAGGGGAGAAAAAAGUUUUACACUGCACCAUAGGCUCUUAAAUAAAAAUGACACGUUGGAUGAUAGAAAUCACGAUAGGCUCAUAACUGCUCAACAUAACUGUCUUGGUUUCUACCAUCUUAAAGGGAUGGUUAACUCCCAAAUGAACAUUUUGCCAUAAUUUACUCAUCCUCAUGUUGUUUCAAACCUGUAUGACAUCAGUGGAACACAUAUGGUGUCAUUCUCCUUUUACUUUAAUUGCAUCUUUCUUCCAUACAAUGAAAGCGAAAGGUGUUUGAGGCUAACUUUAUGCCUAACUACUCCUUUUGUGUUUCGCUCAAGAACAACAUGAGGAUGAGUAAAUAAUGGCAGAAUUAAUUGAACUAUCACUUUAAAGAAAUAUUCUGGGUUCAAUACAAUUUAAGCUCAAAUAACAGCAUUUGUGGCAUAAUGUCGAUUACCACAAAAAAUUAUUUCGACUUGUGGGUUCCAGUGAGGCACUUACAAAGGAAGAAAAAUGGGGCCAGAUCAUAAACAUUUAUAUGUUCAGUGUUUCAAAAGUAUAGCCACAAGAUGUAAACUAUAUGUGAUAAAAUUGCUUUCUACCCUUUUCUGUGUAAAGUUAUCCAAUUUUACAACUUUGUUGCCAUGAUGACGUAACGCCGUAUCCUACAACCCUAAAACUAUGAUUUAAACAACUUUUCAGCUCAAAUAAUACACAACUUUCAACAGAAUUAGUGUAAGUGCUUUUAUAAAAUAAGCUUUACAUUUCUGCCUUUAAAUCCUCCAGAAAUUGGCUCUAUUUACUAGCAUUGCAAGUGCCUCACUGUAACUUCAACUUUUUUCUUUUUUCUUUUUUUUUUUUUUUAAAGAAAAGAAGAGACGGGGGCCUGGGUAACUCGGCGUGCCACCCCUGGAGUCACGAGUUCGAAUCCAAGGCGUGCUGUGUGACUCCAGCCAGGUCCCCUAAGCAACCAAUUGGCCCGGUUGCUAGGGAGGGUAGAGUCACAUGGGGGUAACCUCCUCGUGGUCACUGUAAUGUGGUUCUCGCUCCCGGUGGAGCACGUGGUGAGUUGUGUGUGGAUGCUGCGGAGAACAGCGUGAAGCCUCCACACGCGCUAUGUAGCCGCGGUAAUGCGCUCAACAAGCCACGUGAUAAGAUGCACAGGUUGACGGUCUCAGACACGAAGGCAGCUGAGAUUCUUCCUCUGCCACCUGGAUUGAGGCGAGUCAUUACGCCGCCACGAGGACUUAGAGCGCAUUGGGAAUUGGGCAUUUCAAAUUGGGGAGAAAAGGGGAGAAAAUCAAAAAAAGAAAAAGAAAAGGAGAGACGAGUCAAAACUACUUUUUGUGGUAAUCAACAUUAUGCCACAAAUGCAUUUAUUUGAGCUUAAAUUGAACAUGGAAUAUUCCUUUGAUAUCAGAGCUGGGAUGAAAUGAACUUUAUUCAUUUUAUAAUUAUGUUGCAGAGAAAAAAGAAUAUGUAUUUUGUUUAAAGGGUAUACAAAAAAAAAAUGUACAUAUAUACAGUAUAUUCUAUUUUUCUAUGGUGUCUCUUUUGUUCUUUUCAAAAACAAAUCUCAUGUCAUCAGUGUUUCAAAAUCAGCAGGUUGCAUUUAAAAUAUGCUGUCAAGUUUAUUUUCUUACAUUCUUUUUCUUAAUAAAAUAUAUCCCAACACCAUCUUAUUGGUUGUCUUGU